UUUUUUUUUAGUUUUUUUUAAAAGAAAAAACAGGAAGACAAGUAAAUGUCGAAUCUUGAAUUUAGUAUAGAAAGACCUUUUGGUGUAUAUUUAUUUGACUACUUUAACCAAUUCUAUACUAAAGCUGUUGGUCAAUCAGCCAAAGACUUUCGUUUCGUUGAAGGUGUUACUCCUCUUUCCACUUUAAAUGAAGUUAUUAUUGGAUGCAUUACAUAUUUUAUCGUUAUUUUUGGUGGCCAAUAUUUACUUAAGAACGCGUCGCCUGUCAAAUGCAAAUUCCUUUUUCAACUUCAUAACGCCUUUUUGACCGUUAUCUCUUUUGUACUUCUUGUCUUAUUAGUUGAACAGCUUCUACCCAAGUUGGUCAAACAUGGUUUGUAUUAUACAAUUUGUUCUGAAGAGGCAUAUACACAAGAAUUGGAAUUAUUGUAUUACCUUAAUUAUUUGGUUAAGUAUUAUGAGCUUUUGGAUACUGUUUUCUUGGUUAUUAAGAAGAAGAAGUUAGAAUUUUUGCACUAUUUCCAUCAUAGCAUGACGAUGGCUUUAUGUUACACUCAAUUAGUUGGUAAAACUACUGUGUCAUGGGUUCCUAUUGUUCUUAAUUUGACUGUUCAUGUGCUUAUGUAUUACUACUACUUCCGUACAUCUUCUGGAGCAAAGAUCUGGUGGAAACAAUACUUGACUACUAUGCAAAUUAUUCAAUUUAUCAUUGAUCUUAUUGUUAUCUAUAGUUGCACCUACUCUUACUAUGCUUAUACCUAUACAAGCUCUAUGCCAAACUUUGGUGAUUGUCAUGGCACUGAAACUGCAGCUGCCUUUGGUUGUGCUAUCUUAACAUCUUAUCUUUUCUUGUUUAUUAACUUUUAUAGAAUUACUUAUAACAAGAAGAAGGCUCUUGCUGCACAACAAAAGAAAAAAGAACCCAUGAAGAGUAAGAAGAUUUAAACAAAACAAAAAAAAAAGAUAAUAGAUGCUUCUUUAUUUUUUAUUAUAUUGUAGACUUAGAAAGUAUUAAUAAAAUCGUGU